AUGUUUGAGAUUUACUGCCGGUUUCUAAUGCCAACCUUUCUUACAUGCCUUCCCUGCCCCCUUUUAUUGUCACGUUUCAUUCGGCUCAUAUUUCCUCGGCACCAGGACCUCCCCUCCUUCGGCCGAUCAAAUCGUACCGAGAUCUCGUUCAGACGCGGUGGCGUGGUAAGCAGGCCAAUUCUUGUCUCUCCCUCGGGCAUUCAUAUGCUUGUUUGUCUGAAUUCCAGCUAUGAGAAAUCUGAUAUUGUGUCUUGUCGCUGA